GCUGAACUGAACUGAAUUUCAACGUAAGAGAACAUACCUUAACUAUUAAUAAAACAAAACAUUGCUGACAUCAUUUCUCCUCAAAAAUGUACACCUGUCGCUUUCUUAUGAAUUUUUUUUUCCCGCCUUAAACAAUUGAUGAUGUCAUUUUUAAUACUUUUUUUUAAUUUUUUUUUGAGAUACUUCGUAAACAAACCCAGUGAAUUCUUUCAACAACUUUAGUCUAGAAAAUCGGAGUAUUGUAAAUUGAAUAGCAAGUGUAUUCCUUUCUUUUGAUUUGAAGAUCUAUUAUUCCCUCUCCUCAAUUCCUUAACAUUAAUAUUCAAACAUCUAGAAUAUUCUUGAAAUAUUCAAAUUGUAUUCAUUUCAAAAAAAUCUCCUUUCAAUGAAAAAAAAUGAAAAGUUUCAUUAUACAUAUAAGAAUUCUAAGCUCUGAAUUUUUUUUUUGUCAAAAUUGUGCAUCGCACGGGGAUAAUCUAGGUAAACAAUCAAAUCAGAUCAAAUAAAAUCAUAUAAUCAAAUCGGAUUGAAUUGGAUUGAUUUGAAUUGGAUCGGAUCGAAUUCAAUUAUCAAGUACGUAGUAGAUCAAAACAGAAUCAACCGUUUUUAUUACCAAACUAGUGAAACGUGGGGAUUCUCAUUUCUCAUCCUUUAAAACCCCCUUUGAUUUUCAAAACCCUGGAAUCUUCUACAGUCUUGCCAUUGCACAAAAAAUGGCGGAUCUUCCGACGCCAUUAAUCACCAUAAUCCUCUCAAAACUUCCUGCUAAAUCUCUUCUACGCUUCCGUUGCGUCGCAAAAUCAUGGCGUUCUUUGAUCGACGAACAACAUUUCAUCAAUCUUCAUCUCAAAAACUCUUCGCAAAACCCUACUCAUCAAACCCUCAUAAUCAAGGAUUCUUUCUUGCAAAAAGAUACCAAUUUCACAAGCAAAGACCCUUUUCUUUACUCCCUUGAUUACCCCACUUUAAAGCGCGCUACAUUGAUUAAUUGCCCCUUUGAUUGCGAUUCUGCUGAAACACAAAUUGUGGGUUCUUGCGACGGAUUGCUGUGUUUGGCUGAUGGAAUUGCGGCGUACAUCUUCAAUCCGGCGACGAGGAAACACCGGGUUUUGCCCGUUACGCCUGUCGAAAUUCCUGGGUAUGUUCCUAGAGGACGUAAUAGAGUAAUUUUUUGGUUUUGGGUAUGAUAUAAGAAUGAUGAUCAUAAAUUGGUGCGAAUUAUUGAAAUAUUUCCUGAAAAUAGUGAUGAUCAUAUUAGUGAAAUGAAGGUAUAUAGUUUGAAGACUAAUACUUGGAGAACUGUUAGCCCAAUUAAUAGGGAAUUUCCAUAUAAUUAUUACAUUGGUGUUGGUUUGUUUAGUGAAGGGGUUUUUCUAAAUGGGUGUUUGCAUUGGUUGGUGGUUAAAAAACCAAUAUCAAAAGCAGUGGAUGUGCUUGUUGCACUCGAUAUUGGGACUGAAGAACACAGAGUUUUGCCAAUACCUGAAUAUAAUGAGUUGAAAAUGGAUUACUAUUCUAAUGUGGGGGUUAUUUAUGGGUGUAUUUCGAUUCGGGUAUUCUAUCCGAACAAUCGGCUUGAUGUGUGGAUCAUGAAGGAGUAUGGAGUGAAAGAAUCAUGGACUAAGUGGUUUUCGAUUCCACAGAGGGAGAAUAUUGGUUUCUUUUCAUGUUUGAAGCCAAUUGUUUACUUGAAGAAGAAUGGUUCUAAGGAGUUGCUCUUUGAGAAAGACUUUAAGGAGUUUGUGUGGUUUGAUGUGAAGCAGCAAAUAUUUAAGGAUGUGAACACCCGUGGUCUUCCUUGGUCGCUUGCCUCAGCACUGCUGGUGGAAAGCCUUAUUCCGCUUGAUAGUCCUAAGAAAAAGAAGCCUGUUAACAAGAAGAGGCAUGACUUGGAUGGUUUCUUAUCCAAAGGAUUUAAACUUAAACUUUGAGUUCGCGCAUACACUGAUGAAAUUAAACUUGGAAAUCUUGAGGUUUGAACUGCAUCCUAUCUUUUUUAGCUGCUAUUUACAGCCAACUUUCGACUAGUAUAUGAUUUCGAGGAAGUACAAAUAGAGUGUUGUGAGACUAAUAUAAGUGUCUCACAACCAUUAAAAUAACAUAAAAGUAAAAAGAAGAGAGAGAAAGGAGGAGAGAGAUAGGAAGAGUGAAAAAUGUGGUGUGGGCCCCACAAAAAAUUUUCAGAAAUGGUUUCACGUGCAAAAACGACAAAAAAAACUGGGACCACAACUACUGAGAGUAUAUUUUGUAUCACUGAGAAUUUUUAUAAGUACCACUAAAACCACAUUGAGUACCACUGAGAGUGUAUUUUGUACCACUGAGCUGUAAUGAUAUUAUUUGGCAGUCUAAUUAGACAUUUGAACCUUUUUUUAAAUACCACUAAAAUUAUAUUUUGUACCACUGAAAGUGUAUUUUGUACCACUGAAUCUAAAAGGCAAAAUUUAAAUCCUGUAUGAAAUGACCAAUUUACCCCUACGAGAUACUUCUACAUCUCUCUUAACCCUCCGAUUAUAUAACCUCUAUGAUUUCAUGCUUACCAUUACACUUUUGUUCAUUACAUCUCAAAAAGGGAUGGUAAACAACUAAACACUAAAGCAUUUUAUGUGUUUAUGGUCCAAGUAUACUUGAAGAACAGCUCUGUGAAAUAUUCAUUUGCAUUUCUGAUUUCUUCUGCUUAGACUGUGUUUUGAUUAACUUGCAGCCAUAUUGUUAAUUGACUGUUGAGAUAUGUUAGAUGUGAAAAUGCUGGUCCUGCUCUCUGUCUUUUGUCCUCGACGACCAAGUGUGUGUUCAGUCAAGCAGACUUUGUGACUAUGCAAUUUUAUUUUCUUUUUGCUUUUGCAGUUUCGAACCAUUUUGACUUUUAUAUUGAUUUGAUCAACUGGUUGUAAUGUGGAAUCAUAUGAUAUUGUGUUUUGAGUGUUAUGCAUAUAUAAUACACUCAGUAUGUUAUUAAAUCUUGGCAAUUACUACUUGCAAUGUA